AUGGCUCAAACAUAUGAUGUUGAUAAGAUGGUUAAAGGAGGCUACGGUGGUGGAGGCUAUUCGGUUAAUUACUAUGCGUCUAGCACUCAAUUUGGAGCAGGGAGCGGAGGUGGCCAAACCGCUGUCAAGUUUCUUCAAAACGAUUUAUGGCACCGCGUGAUUGUGAGCGGCGGUGGAGGUGGGUCUGAUAAUGUUGAUGUUGGAGCAUUUAUGUCGGGAGAUGACGGAUCUGGUGGGGCAGGAGGAGGCCUUGUUGCCCAGAUAUAUUGGGUUGAUGGUCAGUAUAUUACCACCAAACCUGCUAAUUCCACUUUUGGUUUCACUUUUGGAUCUGGCGAAUCUGCCCAGGCGACUAAAUCGAAAAACGAAAAUGGUGUUCAAACAGCCCUUGGAGGAUAUGAUAAAUCUGGUGCUGGUAGUGGCUGGUUUGGAGGUUUUGCAAGUCAUCAUGGAAAUGGUGGCUCAGGCGGUGGGAGUUCUUGGGCUUUAUCUAUGGAUGCGGAAAUUCCAACGGACUUUAUUCCAGCCAAAGGACCAUUUUUUGACCAACCAGACAGCAAAAAAUAUUUCUUCUCUUUGAAUGAUGGCUUUAUUUUUACCGAUGUUAAAUCAUUUCCUGGAAUCCGAGAAGGAAAUGGGAGACUUGUCAUUACAGUUCUCCAAUUUGUAGAGAAACCAUCAUUGAGAUCUAAUUGCUACUGGAAGUUUGGCUACGAAAUAUUAUUUAUUCAACUGAUUUCACAAGCAUAA